AUGGCCAAACAAACCGGCUUCGGCCCCAAAAAGGCCUACCUCAUUCUCUACAAUGCCGCCUCCGCCGUCGCCUGGGCCACCAUCCUCGGCCGUGUCGCCGUCGUGCUCGGGUGGAAGGGGGCGCCCUUCGUGCCGCUGGUGGUCGACAACUUUGCGCGCAUCACCCAGACCUUCGCCAUCAUGGAGGUCGUGCACGCUCUGACCGUCGCCAGCCGCCUAUUCCUCGUAUGGGGCAUAUGCUACCCGUUUCCGCAGCUCAACACCAACGUGUUCUACUCGACGAUGCUGGUGGCGUGGAGUCUGACCGAGGUGAUGCGCUACUCGUACUUUGCGCUCAAGCAGAUCGACGCGGUCCCCGCCUGGCUGCACUGGCUUCGCUACAGCGCCUUCCUGGUGCUGUACCCCGUGGGCAUCAGCAGCGAGGUCGCCAUGACCCUGUCGGCUAUCUGGGGCCCCGCGGAUGAGCUCUCGUCGUGGUAUACUUUUGGGCUGACGCUGGUGUUGGCGGCUUAUGGUCCGGGUGAGUAA